UAUAAAGAUUACAGUUUUUACGAGUUACUGAAGGUCUUUUGGUUUUUAACUUUUUUUAUCUGAUGUCCUUCAUGAUGCAGAAGUCUCGCUGCAUUGAGAAGAUUACUUCUUUUUUAACUGUCACAUGUCAGCAUCGUUCGGACUUGAAGGCGGUGAGAGUAUAUAUAAGAGAGCUCAAAACGGGCGCACUCUGUUGUGUUGUGGCCUCAAGGCCACUGGUAACAACCAAAUUACCACCCCUCAGAGGAAGGGAUGUUCUUCCAUCGCGUCAAGAUGAUGCACUGCAAUGGCGUACUAAUCUCAGCUUCUCACCUGCUGUAUAUACUAGAGAUGGUGUGGAUCAGGAUACAAGCGAUGAUGACAGUCACAGCUUGGGACUGUAUUCGAGCAGAAAUAGACAAAGUACAACUUUGGAAUCCUGUUUUCAGCAAUCGCCAGGAUGGGUUUCAAGCUCGUCUGCUUCUGGUGGGACUGAACAGAAUACCAUACCAAGAAUAAAUAGCUCAAACCCUCCAUGCUUGGAUGAGGAAAAACGUUUUGAUAGAGAAAGGACAGCUAGUUUCAGCUCUUUGCUAUCUCUUUCAGAACCAACUGCCUCACGGGUGACUCCAAGCCAGCAACCUUUAAGCCUUACACACUGCUCUUAUCCUCGGGUCUUCUGCAACCCGGUUUCAGAUUGUGAGAAUCCUGAACUUGAUCAUUCGCAACAAGACUCAUUCACAGAUCCUAUUUCCAGUUUCAUGACGUCCACAAGAAACAACCAAGACUCAUCAGUAGAGGAGGCAUCACCAAACCCGAUUAACAACACGAGUAGCAAUAAUGAAAUGCUGCUAGAUGUGGAAAGAUCCAAUGAAACAGAAGUAUCAAACCAGAGAUUUGAUUCAAAGACACAAGAGAGAUGCGGGGUUUGCAAGAAACUCCUAUCUCAGAAAUCACCAUGGUGCUCUCAAAAGAUACUGAGAAGUGGAGACAUGCCAGCUGCUGGUGUUUUCCCAUGCCACCACGUCUACCAUGUGGAAUGUUUAGACAAAGUGACCCCAACUUCUCAAACCCGAGACCCAUCUUGUCCUGCUUGCUCCAACACCAUCGGAGCAAUCGAGCAACAACUGAUAGCGCCUGAGACGCUGCAACAAGCACUAAGAUCUCUCAGAAGAAGCCACACAGCUAUGGGUUCAGAACUGCAUAGCACAACAUCUUGCAGCGACAAUCAAAGAAGAAGACAUAAAUGGGAAAAACUCAGCUGCUGUUUGAAUAUAAGCUUCCUAUCUUCUUCCUAAAAUUCCAACAUGACAAUAAUUCUAUUUAGGUUACUCUAUAACUCUUACCUGGAUCUAGCUCAUAAGUUGUAACCAUAUGUUUACUGCCUACAGUGAUUUACUAUGCCAUUGUAACAACAAAAAACGAUAAUUUUAUUUGUAGACCAAAAGAAACUCUAUUGUCUUAUUGUAGGACACAAAGAGAACAAAAAAACAAUACAAACAAAACACUUUCAGUCUAGACUUGUCUGAGAAUCAUCAAAAACCUAAAAGAAGAAUCAAAAUAAAAUAAAACUUAAAAACACAUAUUUUUUUGUUGGGGGAGUUAAAGCUCGCAAAAGCCAUCCUAGCGCCGAGUAAAUCGUACGCUCAGGCAGCAAGCAGUCUUCAUCGCUGAAAACAAAGGGAUUAUAUAAAAGGAAGCCUUUUCCGUCACCGGAGCCGCCUGCCAUAUCUUCCAAAGGAAGGACAUGGGGUUGCUCGUGAUGACCGGAGAAGGUCAAAACCCUCAUCCAUAAACCCUUUUUCU